UCUACCGGGCAACCUUCAACGAGAUUAAUGAGUGUUAUAUUCUUCAUCUUGUUUUCCUGCGCGUUUUUCAUGGAUAUCAUUGGGAUUCAUGCUAUCUUUGGAGGGUUUUUGGCAGGUUUGGUCAUUCCUCACGAUAACGGCUUUGCCAUUUCGAUUGUAGAGAAGAUCGAAGAUGUUGUUGUUGUUGUCCUUUUGCUCCCAACCUAUUUCACGCCCUCGGGGUUGAAGACCAACAUUGACCACGGUAUGACGUGGUGCUACACAAUCCUUCUCAUCGUUGGCGGCUUCGUCGGAAAAUUUGUCGGUUGUGUGGGUUCGGCAAGAAUGGCUCGUUUCAAUUCUCGCGAAUCAGGACAUCCUCAUGCAUGAGGAUAAAGCAUGAAGAAGACCCACGCCACGCCUGCAGCAGAGCAUAGAAGGCGCUUAAACCACUAGUGGCAUUAACGAGAGCAACAGUGAGAGCGAGUAGAACGCAUCCAAUCCCAUUUCAGCUGCAAGGACGAUUAUGCCGGCCUUGUUCUCGAGCAAUUUGAGAUCGGUCAAAAUCCUAUAGAGAACUGAAAGAGACGCGAAAAUGCAUCAGUGGAUCUAGUCGAACCGAAUUCAACGUGGGCACGAGCGGGCUGGUC